GUAUUUGUGAAGUUACUUGUAAGGGUGCUUCUAGAAGUGUUUGUGGAAAUGGUUGUGAUGAUAAUUGUGGAAAUGGUUGUGAUAACGAUUGUGGAAGAGAUUGUGAUAAUGAUUGUGAUAGUAUUUGUGAUAGCAAUUGUGAUGAAGAAUUAACUAAUAAUUGUAGACAAUUAGAUAAUACUUGA